GGCGGUGGCGCUCUGGAUACCAGUCAUCAUUUCAUACAAGAAAAAGUGCUUGUUGCUAAGCCCUUAGCCUGUCAGGUGUUUUCAUGAACAAUGGAUCAGAAGAUUCCGUAUGAUGACUACCAGCUCCCGGUGGUCUUUCUGCCUUCAUAUGAGAACCCACCAGCAUGGAUAGCCCCUCAGGAGCGUGUUCAUCACCCUGAUUACAACAACGAGCUCACCCAGUUCCUGCCUCGUACUAUUGUAUUGAAGAAACCUCCAGGAGCACAGCUCGGCUUCAACAUCAGAGGGGGCAAGGCGUCUCAGUUGGGAAUCUUCAUAUCGAAGGUGGUCCCAGACUCAGAUGCCCACAGAGCAGGGCUGCAAGAAGGAGACCAGGUUCUUUCUGUGAAUGAGGUUGAUUUCCAAGACAUAGAGCACUCAAGAGUGAGUCAGAGCUACCAUAUGAACAAGAAGCAGUCUAAACCCCCAUAA